AUGAAUCUUAAUCUUCAGACAACUAUUAUUCGGCUAAACUCAACUAGUACGCCGCAGAACCAUUUUGAUAAUAGGAAUGACGGUUCUGAUAGUGGAAUGCACACAAAUUCAACUUCUUCCGCUUCUUCCAACGAUGGUGAUCCAAAAAGAUUGGAAAGCUUAUCAAAUGUAACUGUUCAAGAUAAUAUCCUUAGACAUGUUGAAGUCAAUUGCAAGCCAGCAAAUCGACUUGCUAAAUGGAAUAGGACACCAAAAAAUUCUUUUUUAAAGCGCCAACUUGGGUAUAAUAAUCGUAGAAAUAAAUAUUCUUAUAGUAGUAUAAGUCCUGUACAACAAUUUUAUGCAGAUUUGCCGGUAUCAGAAGAUUUAAAAUAUCAACUCCUAAAUGGAUUUCGUCGUAAUUCGAACAUCCCACAUUGUCAUUUAGGAUUGCCUCCACUACCCAUACAACCACCAUUAUUUUAUCAUUAUCAUGAAAUUGUUAGCAAAGCGAAAGAAAUGUAUGAUCAUGUUAUUGAACAAUAUUCUAUUACAAAUUCUAAAGUAUUAGAGUUUUUUUACAAACAUAUGGUAGAUGAAAAUCCUUUGUUACAUUACUAUCCUAACAAAACAUAUUUUGCAUGUUUUGAUGCUAGUCAUUUUUAUAAAGUUGAAAAUUAUAACCAGCCAUGUUAUUUUUAUGAAGGAAAUUCACAAAAUCAAUAUAAUGUUCCACCUCCUAAAAUAGAAAAUUCUAUUGAUGUUAAUAUGAAAUAUACAACAUCAAAAGUAGAAGAAAAAAAUAAUUCUUUAGGUCAAUAUGAUUGUUGUCCAGAGAAAACAAAAAAAACAAACUAUCAAUAUCAUGAUGAUAAAUGUACAAAUUAUUCAAAAAAUCUAAAAAAAGAAAAGAGUAUUAUUAACUUUGAAGAAGAUAAUCUAAAAGAACAACAUCUAGCAAAAUGUUUACCAAUGGUUAUGUCAUAUAAAGAAGCCGUUCAAAAUACAGGCGAUUUUGAAUUACCACCUCCGGAUAUUCCAGUAAGCAUUGGAAUGCCAAAUAACAUAGUGUCUAAUGAUCAAUAUUUUUUCCAAUCGACACCUAUUAAUGGGUUUAUUCCUCCUAAUCCUGUUUCACAAAAUUUUAACAAUAGUCAAUAUCCUCUAUCAAUGAACCUUUCUAGUUAUCAAUCUUCUUCGCAACUACCUACUUGUUGUAGUACGGUUCCACAACAAUAUGCAUAUGUUCAAGAAUGUGAUCCACACAAUAACAAAAAUGCUGCUGCCGUUCAAUCACUUUGCUUUAUGUUUCUUGAAGAUUGUAAAACUAUUGAUAAAAAUCGAUCUUCUAUUGUUGGCAAACACCAACAACCAGUUAAUGGUAGUAUAAGAGGUGAAUGUGGAUACUAUACAGAAGGAGGUUCACAACCAACAAAUUCAAUUAAUAUUAAAACACCAACUGAUGAGGAUGUAUCGUAUUCAGAGGAGGAUUUAAAAAUAAAUACUAGUAAAAUGAGCCAACUUACACAUGUAAAAGAUGAGAUAACAUCAACAUCGUAUUUGUCGAUUAAUGACUCAGAAUCUAAAUAUGCAUCUGAUAAAGACAGAAAGAGAUACUUAUGUAGUGAUAAGGAAUCUCAAUAUUAUUCUAAGUCAUCUGAAUCAAAUACAUCUAGUACUGAAAAAGAUGAAAAAAAUAAAGAAAAUAAUGUUAAUUGGGAACAAAAAAAACAAGAUACAUUUAACAAAAAAAGUAAAAAAAAUAAAAUUUCGGAACAAAAAGAAAAUAAUCGUCCUAAGGGUCAGGCUUUAGUUUACAAUAUAGGUUUACAACAAAAUCACUCUAGUCUUUCUGAUAAUUUAAUACACCCUGGUAUGGAUUCAACAGGACAACUUUUUAUCUCACAAAUGGAUUCAUUAAGUGAAAGAAUUUUUGAUUUUCAUUCUUCAGUGAUGCAAAGUCAAGCACAUCUUAAUAGAAAAUUAUAUCUUCGUGAUAUGAUUUAUUAUACCAUUUGUCCAUUAUUUCCUACUUCUGGUCUUUAUAUUGUUGGAUCAUCAUUAAAUGGUUUUGGAAAUAAUGGUUCUGAUAUGGAUUUAUGUUUAAUGUUAACAAACAAAGAAUUAGAUCAAAGAAGAGAUGCUGUAGCUAUUCUUAACGCUAUAAAAACAAAAAUGUCAUCAAUCGAUUGGAUUCGUGAUCUCCACUUAAUCGUUGCUAAAGUUCCCAUUUUAAGAAUCACGUUCAAUGCUCCAUUUUCAAAUAUUACCGUUGAUCUUAAUGCAAAUAAUUCCGUUGCUAUAAAAAAUACACAUUUGUUAUGUGCAUAUUCAAACUUUGAUUGGAGAGUACGUCCUUUAGUUUCUGCUGUUAAAGAAUGGGCAAAAAGGAGAGGUAUUAAUGAUGCAAAUCAGUCAACGUUUACUUCAUAUUCACUGGUAUUAAUGUGCCUUCAUUAUCUUCAAUGCGGGUUAGAUGUACCCAUAUUACCUUCUUUACAAGAGUUAUAUCAGGAUCGGUUUAGUAAUAAAUGUGAUGUUAGAAAUUUAAAUGUAGUUGUUUCCUUAGAAAAGCCUAACAAAGAAAUAUGGCCCUAUGAAUCAAAAGCCACACUUGGUGAACUUCUUAUUGGAUUCUUAAAAUAUUAUGCUGAAAUUUUUGAUUUUGAAAAUGAUGUUAUUAGUAUUCGAUGUGGAAAAAGAUUAUCAAGAAGAGAAGUAAUGAAAAAUGAUGCUACUCAUCAUUCUAAAUCACAAUGGGGAUGUGUAUGUAUUGAGGAACCCUUUACUCUUAUGAAUACUGCUCAUUCUGUUUUUGAUAGCGUUGUUUUUGAAGCAAUUAAACAAUGCUUUGUUGAAACAUAUGAACAUCUUAAAAAUACUAGCGAUUUUGAUGUAUUCCUUAGUGGUAGAUCAAUUAAAGAUGUUCUUGGUAGUUAUACUUUAAUUCCACCAGGAGGAGUAAUAUACAAUGCUCCACGUCAAAAUGGAACUAAUCAAUUAACAUCUAAUACCUCUAUGGCAUUUUCAAGUCCUGAAAUUUCAUUGUCAAACAGUAGUCAGGAGGAAAGUAGUAAUGAAUUUAAUACAAAUACCUCUGAGGUAUUAUCUGAUAAUAGUAUAUCAAAAUCAAGCUCAUUAGAUGACAUAGGGAAAAAAUCAACAAAAAGGGGAGGAACAUUAUCUAGUGUUCCAAAAUCUAAUACUUGUUCCUUAAAUAAUAUAACAAAUAAUUAUGAACAACAAAAAGUUGAGGAAAUCGAUGGAAAAAAGAAUGGUGAAAAUGGAUCAAUAUCUUUAAAAACUGGUCAUGUUGAUAUUACAGAAUUUGGUUUAACUCCAGUCCAGGGAACAAAUGCUAAUAUUGACGAGUUAAAUGUAUACGGAAAGUGUAGUCCUAAUGAAAAGAAUAAUAUUCAGGGUACAUUAACAGAACAGAACAAAAUUAAAAAUACUAAGAAAGAAGAUUUAAAUAUAUCAAAUUCCUCUGUUAGAAGCAAAGGUAAACAUCGUUCAAAGAAGGGUACUACUAAUAAUUUUGAUGAAAUAAAAUGUACAAUAGAGAAUUAA